CCGCGCCGCCCAGCCCCAAAGGGCACCGCGGGCGGGUCUCUGCAGCUCCCACUACACCCCGCCGCAGGUGCCGCCCCCAACACACCGGAUCCCGCCCAAGCUCGUCUGUCUGCUGUCGGUCGGUACGUGCGUGCGCCUCGUCGGUCCGCGUGUGUGUGUGUGUGGCCGAGCGCCCCCUUCCUCUGCGGCCAUGACUCCACCGCCGCCGCCGCCCCCACCCCCGGGCCCAGAUCCCGCAGUAGAUUCGUCCACAGACCCCUGUCCGGAACCCCAAUCGCUGGUUGUUUUGUUCGGGGCCACUGCUGGUGCGCUGGGGCCGGACCUAGGCUCGGACGAGACCGACUUAAUCCUCCUAGUUUGGCAAGUGGUGGAGCCGCGCAGCCGACAGGUGGGGACGCUGCACAAGUCGCUAGUUCGCGCCGAGGCGGCUGCCCUGAGUCCACAGUGCCGCGAGGCGAGCGGACUCAGCGCAGACAGCCUAGCGCGGGCGGAGUCCCUGGACAAGGUGCUGCAGCAGUUCUCACAGCUGGUGAGCGGGGAUGUGGCUCUGCUGGGCGGGGGCCCCUAUGUGCUCUGCACUGAUGGGCAGCAGCUGUUGCGACAGGUUCUGCAUCCCGAGGCCUCCAGGAAGAACCUGGUGCUCCCCGACACCUUCUUCUCCUUCUACGACCUCCGCAGAGAAUUCCAUAUGCAGCACCCAAGCACCUGCUCCGCCAGAGACCUCACAGUGGGCACCAUGGCACAGGACUUGGGACUAGAAACAGAUGCUACCGAAGAUGACUUUGGGGUCUGGGAAGUGAAGACUAUGGUAGCUGUUAUUCUCCACCUACUUGAAGGGCCCAAUGGUCAGUUGUUCUCGAAGCCAGAGGUGGUAAAGCAGAAAUACGAGACAGGCCCUUGCAGCAAGGCUGAUGUGGUGGACAAUGAGACUGUAGUACGGGCCCGUGGGUUGCCCUGGCAGUCAUCAGACCAGGAUGUGGCUCGAUUCUUCAAAGGGCUCAACAUUGCCAGGGGUGGUGUGGCCCUCUGUCUCAACGCCCAGGGCCGCAGAAAUGGCGAGGCCCUCAUCCGGUUCGUGGACAGCGAGCAGCGGGACCUAGCGCUGCAGAGACACAAACACCACAUGGGUGUCCGCUAUAUUGAGGUAUAUAAAGCCACGGGGGAGGAAUUCGUAAAGAUCGCAGGGGGCACAUCACUAGAGGUGGCCCGUUUCCUAUCACGGGAAGAUCAAGUGAUCCUGAGGCUACGGGGAUUACCCUUUUCAGCUGGGCCAACAGAUGUUCUAGGCUUCCUGGGGCCAGAAUGCCCAGUGACUGGAGGUGCUGAUGGGCUGCUCUUUGUGCGCCACCCUGAUGGCAGGCCUACCGGGGAUGCCUUUGCUCUCUUUGCCUGUGAGGAACUGGCACAGGCUGCUCUGCGCAGGCACAAAGGCAUGCUGGGUAAGCGAUACAUUGAACUCUUCAGGAGCACUGCAGCCGAGGUGCAGCAGGUCCUUAACCGCUAUGCAGCCAGUCCACUCCUUCCCACGCUGACUGCCCCACUGCUGCCCAUUCCAUUUCCACUGGCAGGAGGAACUGGGAGAGACUGUGUACGCCUUCGAGGCCUGCCCUACACAGCCACCAUUGAAGACAUUUUGAGUUUUCUAGGAGAGGCAGCGGCUGACAUACGGCCUCAUGGUGUGCAUAUGGUGCUCAACCAACAGGGCCGACCAUCCGGCGACGCCUUCAUCCAGAUGAUGUCGGUGGAGCGUGCUCUGGCUGCUGCCCAGCGAUGCCACAAGAAGAUGAUGAAAGAACGCUACGUGGAAGUAGUCCCUUGUUCCACAGAGGAGAUGAGCCGUGUGCUGAUGGGGGGUUCCCUGAGCCGCAGUGGCCUGUCCCCUCCACCCUGCAAACUGCCCUGCCUCUCACCACCUACCUACGCCACCUUCCAGGCCACCCCAGCCCUCAUUCCCACAGAGACGACAGCACUAUAUCCCUCUUCAGCACUGCUUCCAGCUGCCAGGGUACCUGCUGCUGCCACUCCUCUUGCCUAUUACCCAGGGCCAGCCACUCAACUCUACAUGAACUACACAGCCUACUAUCCCAGCCCCCCAGUCUCCCCCACUACUGUGGGCUACCUCACCACACCUCCUACUGCCUUGGCCUCUACGCCCACCACAAUGUUGUCACAGCCAGGAGCCCUGGUCCGAAUGCAGGGGGUCCCAUACGCAGCUGGUAUGAAGGAUCUGCUCAGUGUCUUUCAAGCCUACCAGCUGGCUCCUGAUGACUACACCACUCUGAUGCCUGUUGGUGACGCACCUCGCACUGUGUUACAAGCCCCUAAGGAGUGGGUGUGUUUGUAGAAGAGGAAACCAGGAGGCAGAACGAGCUGGUGUCCCCAGCUAACAAGCCUCUGCUGAGCCCAGAGCACCCUCAACCCAGCAGCUUCUUUUUGGAAAAGACCAUGCUCAGCACCACUCUCCCUCCUCCCAUGUGUCCUUGUUCCUCUGCCUGCGUAUUCUAAAGAUGAUGGCUACCUUACAGGCAGGGCUGGAGAUGCGGCGAUGGGGCUGCUCCGUUCCUGAUGGUGUGACAGCCAGAAAACCUUCUACCUGUCUUUGGCCCUCAGAUACUGAGUUUGAAGGGUGCACAGAAGGCCUGUGUUUCUUUUUAAAAUGUUAAGGUCUGGUACCUUUAAUAUUUAUGACUCCUGGGCGAUUCAGGAGCCCACCUGAGCCUGACUGGAGGCAGGGAAGCAUCAAGUCAACACUCGCCCUCAGGAUACCUGGACUCAGAAGUGCCAGGGGUGGCUUCACAAUAAGUAUGCUGACCCGCUCCAACCAGGCCCAAGGAGUUUGGGAUGACAAACUGGAGUUUGUAACUCCAGCACUCAGGAGGCAGAGACAGGAGGACUGCCUCAAGUUCAAAUCCAGUCUGCUCUACAUAGCAAAUUCUAGUCUAGCCAAGGCUGAAUAGCCCUCUAAAACCCCAAGCUACCCCUGGCUGUGCUGCUGCAGCAGCCCCAGUGAAUACCAGAGGACAGUAGCACAUGUAAACUCAGGUUAAAGGGGACUUUGCCAACUUUUUCUUGCAACACUUGGAAGACCAGUUGUCCAAAAGCCAGCAAACAUCAUGGCGUGUCCUUUGCACUGACUAAAGGGUGUAGUAGAACUCAAGUUCCUGGUCAAGCGGACUUUAAAAAAGUCACAGAGCCUUUGGCCCAGAGGCCUCCACACCAGCCCCAGGUGGAGAAAAACUCAGAUUUCAAGGAGACUGUCGAUCUGUCACUGUUUAUUAUGUCAGCACUGUAACUGAGGAGGAGCCUGGACUGCUGGCUCAUCUUCCCUUUGUAUAGGAGCACUGCACUCCUAUAAAAGAUUUUUAAAAUACAAAAUGUACAAGAAAACACAAUCCCAAGUGCUGUAAACA